UUCACUAGACAAUGACGCUGACUGCUCAGUUCGUUAUAGGCUGAGUCUUCUGUAUGUACCGUGUUAUUAGCUAACAUAGUGUGUAAUUGAGAAGGAUAUUUUCAGUCAGUUUUGGUAACAAUUCUUCCCCCUACCUAUCAAUUAAGCAUAGAUGGCUCACUUUUUAGGUGUUUCUAAAUGCAAGUCACAUAAUAGCUCAAUAUGGUCCUUCCAUUUAUUCAUGUUUUUUUACUAAAGCUAACACUGAACCCAAAUGUCAGCUUCUUGCUGUUCAGCUUUGUGUCUGUGUCUUACUGCAGACCUCCAAGGGCCUUGUGUUGUCAGGACAUUACAUUUCCAGGCUCACAGUGUCUGUGGUGGCCUCCCUCUGUGAACUUGGUACUUCACACUCUAAAAGCCCUUCUGAAGCCCGCCGGGAGGUCUGAAGCAACCUUUGAAGGCCUUGGGUGUGAAGCUGGUCUGCAGCGGGCUGAAAGAGAUGAAGAUAAGUGUGGUGUUUCUGGCAGCUCUGCUGCUCCCCAGCAUCCAAGCAGUGUGUCCAGAUAAAGAGCCCGGACUUCAGCCAUGGAUGCCAGGACACAGGGAGGACCACCGUGUUACAAUCGGCUAUGGCAGAAAGGUCCUUCUCACAACUUCCGCUACAGUCCACUCGAUUGAGAUUCUCAAUGGAGGAAAGCUGGUGAUUGCUGACACCAAGUGGCCCAUACUGCUUCGGACAAAACAUAUUCUGAUUGGAAACAAAGGGGAGUUGCACAUUGGAAGCCCAGACUGUCCUUAUAAAGGAAACCUCACCAUCUCCUUAUUUGGAAGACUGGACGACAGUGAUGAGGAACAUAGCUACUUUGGGAGAAAGUACGUUGGCGUGGGGACAGGAGGGACACUGGAGAUUCAUGGAAAAAAGAAGCUGUCAUGGACAUUCCUCAACAAGACCCUUCACCCAGGACAGAGCAACCAAAACAACUACCUGUUCCAGAGAAGCUGGGGAAACCGAGGCAUCAUUGUCCACGUAAUAGACCCCAAGACUGGAGAAGUGCUGCAUGAUGACAGGUUUGACACAUAUCGCAGUAAGAAUGAGAGUCGUCGCCUUGCAAAGUAUGUGGAUGGUGUAGAAGCGGGGCUCAUACUGGCCAUGAUGGUGAAUGAUGAGGGCUCCAACAACUUGGAGGACUCAGCCAAGAAGAGUAUAUCCAGGCUAGGGAGUCACCAUAUCAACAGUCUGGGCUUUCGUCAUCCUUGGACCUUUAUAGUGACAAAAGGGAAUGUGUCUUCAGUUGUGGAGGAUCAUGAUGUAUAUCAGGGGACCAAGGCCUCCUCAGAGGCCCAGAGCUCAAGUGCUUUUCUGUCAAGUUUUGGGGAGCACUUCACCAUCACCACCAGGAGCCAAUGGGUGCAAGAGGCAGAGUGGUCAGACUGGUUUGACAGGGAUGAUGAGAGGGGAUCUGGAGACUGGGAGAAACUGUCUGACCUGCAUCAGAACUAUCCAGACCGACUGUGUAGCAGUCCACUGGACAUCCAGGCUGAAACCCAUGAUGGCAUACCGUCCAACCAGACAGGAGAUGUGAUCUACAAGAAUGACAAGGACUAUGGCUUCGUCUGCCUCAACAAGGACCAGGCUCAUGGCCUGUGUCACAACUACAGGGUUCGCUUCCUCUGUGGAAAACUGGUUCGUCCACAGGCCUCUAUUUCCAUUGACAUGUUGUCGAACAGCAGCAUCCUGGAGCUCUCCGACCACCCAGCAGGCUGGGGGUCUGGGGAUCGGGUGGUUGUUGCCAGCACAGACUACUCAAUGCACCAGGCUGAAGAGUUCACCCUGCUGCCCUGUCCGACUUGCAAAUCCAACGAGGUCAAAGUCAAAGGUAAGGCCCAGUUCAUCCACGUCGGUGAGGAGGUGGACGGGGUGGAUAUGAGGGCAGAGGUGGGCCUGCUGAGUCGCAACAUCCUUCUUCGUGGUGAGAUGGAGCCUGGCUGCUAUGGCAAUGAAGCCUGCAAAUUCUUCAGCUUUGACACUUUCGGUGGACAUUUGAAGGUGGAGCGAGGUUUCAGGGCAGUUCAUAUAUCAGGGGUGGAGCUCCAGCACAUGGGCCAGCAGACGAUGGGACACUAUCCAGUCCAUUUUCACAUGAAUGGAGAUGUGGAUGAGAAGGGAGGCUACGAUCCCCCAACAUACGUCGGCAAUCUAUCCAUUCAUCACUCUUUUUCCCGCUGUGUAACCAUACAUGCCUCCAAUGGACUACUGGUAAAGGAUGUGGUGGGCUAUGACACACUAGGCCACUGUUUCUUCACGGAGGAUGGUCCAGAAGAGAGGAACACGUUUGACCACUGUUUGGGUCUGAUGGUGAGAGCAGGGACCUUGCUGCCUUCAGACAGAGACAGCAAAAUGUGCCGUGACAUCACUGAUGGAGCGUACCCAGGAUAUGUGGCCAACCCACGGCAAGACUGCAGCGCAACUUCAACUUUCUGGAUCGCCAACCCCAAUAACAACCUCAUCAACUGUGCUGCUGCAGGCUCAGAGGAAACGGGUUUCUGGUUCAUUUUCCACCAUGUGCCCACAGGCCCCUCAGAGGGGCUGUACUCCCCUGGACACACUGAACACACACCUAUGGGCCAGUUCACCAACAACAGAGCCCAUUCCAACUACAGGGCUGGAAUGAUCCUUGAUAAUGGAGUAAAGACCACCCAGGCAAAUGACAGGGAUAAAAGACCCUUCCUGUCUCUGGUUGGAGCCAGGUAUGGACCCCACCAGGAUGCUGAUCCCUUCAAACCCAGAGUCCCUGCUCUUAUCCACCACUUUGUAGCCUAUAAGAACCAGGACCAUGGAGCCUGGCUGAGAGGAGGGGAUGUCUGGCUCGAUAACUGCCAAUUUGCUGAUAAUGGCAUUGGCCUUACUCUGGCAAGUGGAGGGACGUUUCCAGAUGAUGACGGCUCGCGUCAGGAGGUGAAAAACUCGCUGUUUGUGGGUGAAAGUGACAAUCAUGGGAUGCUCCUCCCAGACAACAGGAUUUGGGGCCCUGGGGGUUCUGAUCCUAGCGGCAGGACUCUGCCACGUGGCAUCGAUUUUCCUAUCCGGGGCAUGCAGAUUUAUGAUGGUCCAAUCAAUGUGCAGAACUGUACAUUUCGGAAAUACACAGCACUGGACGGGCGGCACACCAGUGCCUUCGGCUUCCGGCUCAACAACUCAUGGCAGAGCUGCCCAAACAAUAACGUCACUGACAUCACUUUUGAUCAUGUACCUAUCACAUCACGGGUGUUUUUUGGUGAGCCGGGCCCUUGGUUCAAUAAAAUGCAGAUGGAUGGGGACAAGACUACCAUCUUUCACGAUAUCGACGGCUCAGUCAGUGAAUAUCCCGGAGCCUACCUGGUCAAAGAGGACAAUUGGCUGCUCCGUCACCCUGACUGCAUUGACGUGCCUGACUGGAAGGCUGCUAUCUGCAGCGGUCACUAUGCACAGAUCUACGUCCAGACGCGCAAUCCUGCCAACUUGAACAUGCUCAUAGUGAGGGAUGAGUAUCCUGAUCAGCCCUUGGAACUGGAGGGUGCCCUGGGGAAGAGGAAACACUACCAGCAGUUCCAGCCAGUCAUAACUCUGGCCAAAGGCUACACCAUCCACUGGGACCAGGCGGCACCUGCUGAGGUCACAAUCUGGCUCAUCAACUUCAACAGAAAUGACUGGAUCAAUGUGGGCCUCUGCUACCCACAAGGCACUGCCUUCACCAUCAUCUCAGACAUCCACAACCGCCUGACCAAACAGACCCGCAAGACCGGCGUCUUCUUGAGGACGGCUCAGAGGGAAAAGAUCAACCACUCACACCUGGCCAGAGGAUACUACUACUGGGAGGAAGACACUGGCCUGCUCUUCCUGAAGGUAAAGGCUCAUAACGACAAGGAGCAGUUUUCCUUCUGCUCCGUCAAGGGUUGUGAGAGGGUGAAGAUAACAGCCAUCAUUCCAAAAGGCAGUCUGCCCAGCAACUGCAUGGCCCAAGCCUACCCCAAACAUGCUGAGCUGCCUGUUGUGGAUGUACCCAUGCCCAGAAAGAUGUCUAAUCGGCACUCACCAGAGAACUUUCUAGAGGUCAAACUGGAGUCCUACAACACUCGCUUCUUCCACAUCAAGGAGGACUUUGCAUUCACUGAGGUGAACGGCAGGAAGCUAUACCAACUAGAAGAUGGGGUGCAACUGACAGUAAUUGAUGGCCAUGAUGGAAAAGUGGUGGAGAGCAAAGGUUUCAGGAAUUCUAUCCUACAGGGAGUCCCUGCACAGAUAGACAACUAUGUCAGUGGACUGAGAAACGGUUCCAUUGUCCUCGUGACGUCUAAGGGCCGUCUGAUUACCAGAGGAUCCUGGACCAAAGUUCUGGAGAGACUUGGAGCAGAAAAGAGCAUCAAAUUAAAAGAUAAGCUGGCAUUUGUGGGCUUCAAGGGCUCCUUCCAACCUGACUGGAUCCAUAUGGAGGUGGACAGCAACCGAGCCAAGAUCCAUCAGGUCUUGCCUGUCCCUGUGGUCCACAAGAUGAAACUAUGAGUGACAAGAAGAGUGGGGAAAACAGCCAAGUGACUAUGUAACCCCCAGAUACUGAAACACAUACCCCUAAAAGAAUACUAAUAGCACAGACAAACUCACACAUACAUGCACACUGCCAGCACUGCAGAGUCAGUUGCUCCAAGCCAUUGGUCCAGGAUCAAGUGGUGUUUAGUCAAGGUUUGGUGGUGAGAAAGAAUGAUGUGAUUUUGUAUGCUGAAAAGGUGAAAACCCUCUCCCAGAGCCAGCACUGCCCACGAUGAGCUGUGUCCAUGUAAGACUCUACCCUUCAGUGAAACCUCAGCUCGUUGGCUCAGAACAGUCAACAGUGUUUGUACAAAUGUGGCUGUCUCUACACCCAUCAUUGAUAAAGAUAGACUGAUAGACAUGCUUAAUAAUGAUUUUGUUUGUGACAGAACACUGUUAUUGCAUUGCUGAUCCCAUUGUUAUGUCUAUGUAGCUUAUUGGCUAAACUAACUAUUGGAUUUGCUCACCAUUACUGCUGUGCUGUAAAAAACUGUGCACCAGCUGACAUGGACCUGACUGGCUGUCGUGUUAACAUUAACACUGGCCUGUUUACUAAAGUCAACUCUUAAUUGACUCUUUUCCAGCUAUACAUUGUAGAGUUUUCACUUAGAAACCCGUCUUCAACCUUUAACGUUUUGUAUGUAGUCUGUCCUGUCAGACUUCUCUAUCGGUUUACUCCAGCUCAUCUACAGCAAAAACUCUGAUACCUUCUGAUGUCACUGUUAGAUGACACUGUUGGACAGUGCUGUAAGAUGCUGCUGUUAAGGUUGUGCUAUCCUCUGAAUGAACCAUAUAUCAUGUGUAAAGAUAAACUUAACAAUGAAAAGAUCUGCUGUUAGCGCGAAGAGCAAGCUGUAAUAUUCAUGCAAAUGGGGAUAAUGGCUCACUCUUUCAGUCAGUCUCUCCUUGAAAGAAUGAUCUUGAGCUCUUAGUACACACAAAAAGUGACGGAAGAACUCUGAAGCUUUACUGGCUUCACAGAUGAUCCUGUUAGAUUUUGCUGUUAGACAGUGAGACAGUAAAAAGAAAAGGCAGUACUGGCAUUUCUCUUGUACAUGAUUUGUUUGUCAAGAAUGGAAAUAGUUUGUGAAAAAUGAAAAAGGAAAGGUUGACAGAUGGAGUUUAAAUGCAAGCUACAUUCUCACUUUCACAUAAUUGGCUGUAACUAUUAUCUAGCAUGAUAUUAGAGCAAGAAGUUAUCAGUGCUGUUUCAGAUGGCUUUCAAUUAUCCAACACGCACUUUGCUUGAAGCAGACUGGUUCCCUCUGAGCCUUAAUGGCAAUAAUGCAGCUGAAUCACCAGUUUAAAGCACAUAAAUUACCAGUAGGUUCUUCUCUCAAGAAUUCCAGGUGCAGUAUAUCAGAAGGAUGACAUGUAAGAGCUGAGGAUAUAGGUGCUCAGUCCAGGACAGCCGGAAUAGUGACCAUUUGGAAAAGCUGGAAGCUGCUCCUCCAAAUUUGACCUUUUGGGCAUUUUUAGAUUCUCAAUUCAGAGAAGCUUUUUUUUUUUCUUUGCUAGUUUGAGCAUGUUCUGAGUUUGUCCUGACCAGUAACAGUAACAGCCAAUUACAGAUGAGGCAACGUCAUCUGGAAAAGGGAAAAUAGGAAAUCCUCCUGGAGGCAGAUCAGAGAGGAAAGAUAUUUGGUGUGGUUUAUCUCAGCUUGAUAAGACAGCAUUGGAUUUACUAUCAUGUGCGAGCUGGGCGGCAGGCAAACCAGUUCUGGGUCUGUACAUCAUCUCAGUGAAAGUAGAUUGUCUCUCCAAUAGCGAAGUGUUUCACAGAUUUUAUCGAACCAACCUCCUACCAAUUGCAUUCAUAUGCAAAUAUUUUGUACAAGCAGAAAAUAUUGUUAAGAAAACAGGAUGCCACCCAUAUUAAGUUGAAAAUAAAUCUGCAAAAUAUUUAAUACCAAUGCAUCUGAGUCAGUAGUGCCUCAAUGUACAUGCCUGGCAACUAAUGACAGAUUAAAACUGUUCUACCUUCUAUUAAAAGUGGAACAUCAUGGCCAUGGAUUAAUUAGUGAACAAGUGUACCAGGUGCAGGCCCAGGGCUCCAAGGGGUCAGGGAGUGCUUAAUGUAGCAUGAAGACACUUUGUUAUUAUUAUAAGUUUGACAAUAUAAGCUACUACAACAUUUCUUGUAAGAAAGCUAAUUAAAGGAGCACUAAGAGGGCAGAAGCAAAGGAACCACAGGGUGCUGAGUAAAAAGACUGCAAACGGAUGCAAAAUGUCCACAGAGAUACACAGAACAACCACACAGAUGCACAAGACCUACAAACUACCAGAUGUUUUUGUGGCUUUGACAAUUCUGUUUUACCUGCAAAAUAUUAUUUUGUUGUUUAUUAGGCCUUUUACAUAUCAGUGCCUGGAGGUGUCAGAAUUUAUGGAUAGACAUGGUAAAGAAAGUUUUAUCAAAACAACCAGGUUUUAAAGGACUAGUGUGUAGGAUAUGUAAAAACAAUGUAAAAAAGGAAAGACCUUCUCUAGAGGCAGUUUUGGUUUGUCCAAUCUGGACUACUGUAGAAACAUUUGUUUUACAGAUUAACAGGUUUCACGUGUUUAGAUUUUUCAUACUACUUUCUGCACUGGCCUGGAACACUGGAAAUAAAGAGACGUCGCUGUUAGGAAGAGUUGUAUAAAAGUGUAUCGUGUAAGUGUAUGAGUGUGAUUCAUAGGAGGCUUGGAGGUUAGAGGUUGGCCAGUUUACUGUCUCACAUUACCGUACAUUUGAAAAAAUAAAACCCUGCACAAAUAGACUUUUACAUUUUGCAGUUAUUUCUAAAAGUCUUUAUUUCUAGCAUUGUCAUUGAAUAUUUCUACAUUAAAAACUACUGGCCUAUUCUUCAGCAGACCUCGUUGAUGUCAACCAUGGUUGCUAGGCAGUUUGUGAUUCAAAGGCCAUGGCUAAUUCGACAAAGAGAGAAAAAAAUCAGAAAGUGUGAGCCAGUUAUUCAAACGCAUCUGUAACGUACAUGCAUCGCUGAACGUCUUUGCCAUGCAGGUGUCUGUGAAAUGUGGGUGUAGAAGUUGAGUGAUUUUACUAUCCUCCUUUGUUUGACUAAAGUGUUUAAAGACAGAAAAUAGUAGAACAAGAACAAGAAAAAAAACACAAAAAAACCAACAGAAACAUCUUUGUUUUGCAUCAGACCAGUGGUUAACUUGUUUUGUUUCAUUCCGAGCACUUGCUCACUUGAUAUUGUGAUGUUCUCCUGCCAUGUUUGGUUCUUUUUUUUUUUUUUUUUGUAUCUGUGUUUGUGAUCCAUCUGUCUGUGUUUUGGAAUGGACCAGCAAGAUGCCCAUGACUAUAUAAAAGAUUAACUCAAAUUGUCCACUAAAUGUUUAAUCAAGGAGUCUAUAAAUGUGCAAUUUCCCCAUUUUAAAAUAAUGGAGAAAUCUGUGUUGCAAUCAGUAAGAAAAAGGAUGCCCCCUCACCCCUCCCUUGCCGAAAUAGCUGGUCUUUUUUCGGAGGUUGUAGCAGUAAUUUAGUGUUUUGUAUGUUUAAUGUGUUUUUAAAAAUCCACAAAGAUAUAUUUUAUACUUAUUUAUUGUACAGACACAGUUGAUCCAAAUCUACAAGGGACAUGCUUUAAGUUGUCAUGUUAUACCUGUUCUGUAUGUGUACUGUAUGCAAUAAACAGAACCCAUUAUAGAUCCAUUUUAAAAGAUUUGUAUCAGACACUGCAUACAUGUAUAGGACUCUUGGUAUAGUCGGUUUACUCUAACUGUACAUCAAAUGAAUGUGUUGUAUAUGUGGCUUGGGCUUGUAAAGUGAUAAAACUCCAUGACUUUAAAUUUCUUCAAAGGAUUUUUGUACAGAAAUAAAGAACGAUUAACGAUCAA